AUGCUAAUCGCGUUCAACAACACAGCCAACCUCACAGACCUGGCGCUCGGCCCAGACCUCCCCACCAGCCCCUACAGCCUCGCCCAGAAGAUUGUCAUCGCCAUCAUCGCCAGCGUCCUCUCAGUGCUCACCGUCGUCGGCAACUCCUUGGUCAUGAUCAGCUUCAAGAUAGACAAGCAGCUGCAGACGAUCAGCAACUACUUCCUUUUCUCGCUGGCGGUAGCCGACUUCGCUGUCGGUCUCAUAUCGAUGCCCCUCUUCACGAUGUUCACAAUUUAUGGCUACUGGCCGCUCGGGCCGCACGUUUGCGACACCUGGCUCGCGCUGGACUAUCUCGCCUCCAACGCAUCAGUGCUCAACCUCCUUAUCAUAAGUUUCGAUAGGUAUUUCAGUGUUACGAGACCUUUAACGUAUAGGGCUAAAAGGACUACACGGCGCGCCACUGUGAUGAUAGGAGGGGCGUGGGGAUUCAGCUUAUUACUCUGGCCUCCAUGGAUUUAUGCCUGGCCGUAUAUAGAUGGCGAGAGGAAAGUGCCUCCGAAUGAGUGUUACAUCCAGUUUAUAGAGACUAAUCAGUUUAUUACGUUCGGGACGGCCAUUGCGGCGUUUUAUGUGCCAGUGACAGUUAUGUGUAUAUUAUAUUACAAGAUUUGGAGGGAGACGAAAAAGCGACAGAAGGAUUUGCCAAACCUUCAAGGCGGGAAGAAACACGACUCAUCGAAAAGAUCGAAUUCUAGUGAUGAGACACGAGAAAUCGACGCACGCGCCCGCUCGGAGUCUGGUGAUGCGGACUCCGUUUACCACGUCAGAGGGGCUUUGGAUCCUCGAUGGCGUGAUUUUCAGAGCGGAAAGUGUCAAAGUCGUCUACGCGGAUGGGCAGCAGUCACAAACUGGUGCGUGGCGUGGUGGCACUCAGGAAGAGAGGACGUUGAAGACACGGAGCCUGAAGAGGAGCCUUCUGAUCUUGGCUACGCUACUCCUGUCUCUGUAGAAACGCCACUACAGAGUACGGUUUCUAGAUGUACAUCGUUAAAUGUAAUCAGAGAUCCCUUCGCGGGGCGAGGAGGUUCCGGAGGCUCUAACGCAGAUGGUGGUACUUCCCCUCUUAGACGAACUUUUGAGCCUCCAGCUAUUCCCAGCGCACGGGAUAGUCGUUCCUUGCCACCAAACACUAGAAUCAAUACAGCUACCUCACCAGCGCCAAAAUCUGCGUCUGCUGACUCAGUCUACACUAUUGUUAUAAGACUACCAGAUGCAGAUACAGAAAGACCCAGCAUCAAAAUGAUCACGGAAGAAUCCCCACCUUCCAACGCGCGAGUAUAUCGUCCUCCCGCAAGAGGUGAUUCCGAACUAAAUCUACACCCAGCUGGCCAUGCUGGUCUUUCAAGAAGAACGUCUCAUAUACAAGACGUUAGAAUACCCUUAAAUGCCAAAAUUAUACCUAAACAAUUAGCCGGUAAAGGCAUUACAACGAAACAACCGAAAAAGAAAAAGACACAAGAGAAAAAACAAGAAACGAAGGCUGCGAAGACAUUAUCCGCUAUUCUUCUAUCGUUCAUUAUAACGUGGACUCCUUAUAAUAUUCUUGUGCUAUUAAAACCUUUAACGGCGUGUGCUAAGUGUAUCCCGGAUGAACUUUGGUCAUUCUUCUAUGCUUUGUGUUACAUUAAUUCAACUAUAAAUCCCGUGUGUUAUGCUCUGUGCAAUGCAACGUUUAGAAGAACAUAUGUUAGAAUUUUAACAUGUAAAUGGCAUAAUAGAAAUAGAGAAGCAAUGACUAGAGGAGUGUAUAACUGA